AUGUUUCCGAGACGUUAUUUUACAACUAGCGUUCUUCGAUUGGCGGCUGAGAAUGGCCCUAAUGGUGGGUUACUGAAGAAGUUCAUGAGUCCCUUAAUAGAUAGUGCAAAAUUUGAUGAAGAAGAAUUGAUACCAAAGCAAUUAUUAAGACCCAUUGGCUUAACCAACUCACCGUUUCAAACUACGAAAUAUAAGGAAAAGGGUAAUUCAUUGAAAGAUCUUUUCAAUGAAAAUAAAACUAAUGAAAGGGUAAAAGAAUUAACUCAUCAAUUAAAUAAAUCCUCGAUGCAUGAUUUAUUUGUCUUUAGAAAAACUAAUGGGAAAUUGUUCUUUGCUCCCAAAUCGUAUUGGAACGCGUCAAAAGCUUUGUACUUCCCGCAUCUAAUGGGGAACUCAUUGGCAAAUCCGUCGGAGAAAAUACGUUUGGAAGAAAUAUUAAAGGGUAAAAUUAGUAUAGUUAAAUUAUUCGGUAAUAAAAUCGGUAAUGAUAUGGUUAACCAAUAUGCUACUGACAUUACUUUUGAUCCUGUUCCGAAAGAAAAUAGUAACAUCCAAACCAUUCAAAUUAAUUGGAUUGAAAAUAAAAUGAAAUCUUGGUUAUCAAAGUUGUCGAUAUGGAAAUUAAGGAGAAUGAUUGACCCUAAGGAUCAUUCAAAAUAUUUCAUGUGCCAAUGGAAUCAAUUGCCAUUUGAUAUUAGGGAAUCGUUAAAGAUCAAUAAUAUCUUUACUGGUUAUAUCCUUAUCGUGGAUAGAAACUUGAAAAUCAGAUGGAUUACUUGUGGUAAUCCUGAUGAAUCUCAUGAUGAAAUAAAGACAUUAUGGAAAUGUGUAAGAGAAUUAGAAAAGGAGAAGGAGGAAUUCACUUAA